AUGAAAAAAGAAAUUUUAAUUGAGGCCGCUGCCUCAGUACUUGUUGUCCUGAUAUUGAUGCCGAUUUUAAGUUUUGCACAAAAACCACGACGCGAUGAGAAUUAUCCACCCCCAGAUUUCUUAAAGAGAUUCAGCAUCAUUCAUGAUGUUUGUGUGGAAAAGACAGGAGUAGCAGAAGCUGCUAUUAAGGAAUUUAGUGAUGGUGAUAUACAUGAGGAUUCCGCCUUGAAAUGUUAUAUGAACUGUAUUUUCCAUGAGGUGAAUGCGGUCGAUGACGAUGGCGAAGUGCACUACGAUAAAAUGAAACGUUUAAUACCAGACAAUUUAAAGGAAUUUAUUCAGCCUAUUGUGGAUGCUUGUGAAUCACAUAUACCCCAAGGCGGUACUCAAUGUGAUAGAGCCUGGUCGUGGCAUGUCUGUUUCAAAAACACUGAUCCUGUGCAUUAUUUUUUAGUUUGA